UCGCUUUCCCUUUUUCUUUUGAUGUGCCGUGGUGUCUUUUUAAUUCUGCCGGCAGUCGGAAGAAAUUAGAAGCAGGAGAACUUCAGUGCCAUUUCAAGAAGAUAAAUAGAAGAUAAAUAGCUCAAAUUUGUAUACUGCAAGUGGAGUUGCUGUUGGAAACAGACAUGGUGGAUGGCAUGACAAGGCAUUCUGAAAUGAAGCUAAACUGGAAACUAGAUAGAACUUCAAGACCAGGUUCAGCAACAGUUAAGGUUACAGAUCUCAGCUGGCAAGGUCUCCUGAACCCCAGUCCAUCUAUUAAAGAAGAUGAAGAGCUACUUGUGGAUGAAUAUAUUUCUCCCCACAAGCUGAAAGCAUUGACGGGUCUAGAUGAUCUGCGGCAAGUGAAGGCCCUUGAGAUGCGUGUAAACACCAGAGAGAAUAGUCUGGGAAAUUUUGGUUCUUACCUCCCUAAUCUGAAACAACUAAAACUGAAUGGAAGUAUACUUACUUCUGUGAGGGACCUUGGAACAGCUCUACCUCGUCUUCAAGUCCUAUGGAUGGCUCGCUGUGGGCUCUCCGAUUUAGAUGGGAUCUCUUGCUGCUGCUCUUUGAAGGAACUCUACAUAGCCUACAACAAUAUUGGUGAACUAAGUCAGAUUAGUCUGCUGGAGAACCUCGAAAUUCUAGAUUUAGAAGGAAACAACAUUGAAGAUCUUUGUCAGAUUCAAUACUUGCGGCUCUGUACUAAGCUGACCAAUCUUACAAUAGAGGGAAAUCUUAUUUGCUUGAAGCCAAGCCCACAAUCUUCAGAGGACCCAAAUUACAAUUACAGAGUUGAAGUGAAAAAACUCAUCCCUCAUUUAAAAUGUUUGGAUGAAAUACCAGCAAAUCAAACUGCUAUUCCUUUUCCAUGCAAAAUGAAUAAGGACUGGCUUAUUGUCAAGGAAUCAAUCAAAGAAGGAGGUUUAAUUGAGGAAGCUUCAGAUUCUCAGUUAGGACUCCUAACAAGAAAGCUGGGCUCUGCUCUACGGCCUGCUGCAACUCACUUUUUGCUAGGUUCCAGACCUCAGGCUCUCCAGAGAUCUCCCAGUGCUCAUUUGCUUUCUGGCUGUAGCACUCUCCUGGAAUCCACCAUCUGUGAUGAGUUAUUGUUUGAUGAUGAUUCAAGUGACCUGACACAUGGUGUCAGUAGAGUUAUAUGUGGGAACCCCAUCAAAGCUCUUCAUGCACGAAGACAGAAAUUAGGUUCUGCAGUAACAAACCUGUUCCAGCCACCGUGUCAUCUGGCAGAACAUAAUUAUGAUUUUGAAGAAACUGGCAGUGUAAAUGAGAGAGACAUCUUUGCUGAGCUGAAGGUCUUACAAGAACAUCAUUACCAGCACUUGCAAGCCCUCCAAAGGGUGAAAUCUCCCCAACUGUUGAAAAUAACACAUAGUGAUGAAGAACGGGAAGAGGAAGAAAAAGGCUGCAACCUGAGUGACACCUGUCAUGAAGAUUUCAAAGAAGCCUUUCAGGAGGACAUCACACAAAUUACCUCAUCAGAAGCUUCUUGUUGUCCCCAUCUUUCUCAGGUGUCAUCAGAUUCAUCACAUAGCCUUGCAAAUGCGUUACCAAGUAUUGUAAAGCGCCCUCUCCAACCUUCUCCUCCAAAAUGCCCUUCACCUGCAUCCAUGGGUGUGACAGCUGGACUUGUGAGAGCUAGGCACCUGAAGAUACCCAAUUCAAAAAAAGCUGUGUUAAAACUGCAGCCUCCAUUAGUUGUGAACAGGGAUGAAGUGCAGCAUAUGGCUGAAAGGACUGCUGUUCUGAAUCUCCACAGGAAACCAGAUACACCCUCUAAUGCAGCAGUCUUCACAAAGAGACCAACAGUUUGUGGCAGCAAACAGAUUAUGAGACCCAUUUCAGGACCAGCAACAUUUGGACCAGCAAAUAGAGCCACUAUGGAUAGAAGCCUACCUAAGACUAUCAGCCAUCAGAUACCUGUCACUCAUUCAUACACAAGUAUGCCCGAAAGAUAUGCAGUGCUGAACAUGGUCCAUCCUCUGACUGCCAAAGCUGCCCUGCAGGGCUUGUCAAAAAGGCCGGAUAUCUUAAUGAUUGCUCAGAGCAAGACUCCCCAAUUGUAGGAAAUGCCUCAAACAGCUGUGCAUAUCUUGUUGCCAGGUCUCGGCUGUACUUGAUUUCCCAUGAGCAACACAGGCCAGCUUCUCUGAUUCAGCAGCCUGAUUCAUCACUGAGGGGGACAGUGUCCCUAUGCAAGCAGAGCAGUUGAAAGAAACAACUUGAUUACUCUCCAAUUAAACUGCUGCUGUGAAGAGAGAAUCAUUCUCCCCAUCCCCACCCCAAC